AUCUGGGCGCACUCUCACAGGCAGAGCGAAGGGAAGCCACGGGUUUAGACAUGGAGUGCAUCCGGACUGCCUGUCUCCUGCUGGUAGCCCUGAAUCUCCCUUCUUUGCUCAGCACCGGGAGCUCAGACGCUCAGGAGAAGCCUCCGCUGAAAGAGAAUCUCUUGGUUGUCACGGUGGCCACGGAGGAGACAGAUGGAUUCAAGCGAUUCUUCAGAUCUGCAAAAUUCUUCAAUUACACAAUUAAGGUGUUCGGUCUGGGUGAGGAGUGGAAGGGCGGUGAUGUGAAGAGAACGGUGGGCGGAGGGCAGAAAGUCCGGAUUCUCAAGCCUGCUCUGAAACCGUAUGCCGCAAGAGAAGAUCUGGUCAUUCUGUUUGUUGAUAGCUACGAUGUGAUAUUCGCCUCCGGCCCCGAGGAGCUACUGAAGAAGUUUCAGCAAUCCCGGCAUCGCGUUGUCUUUGCGGCUGAAGCGUUUGCCUGGCCUAACCGGCAGUUGGAGGCCCAGUAUCCACACGUGCGCAUUGGCAAACGCUUCCUGAACUCUGGAGGGUUUAUCGGCUUCGCGGACAAUGUUUACCAGAUGAUAGAGCCCUGGAGCCUGCAGGACGAUGAUGACGACCAGCUUUUCUACACAAAAAUCUUCCUGGACUCAGAGAAGAAGGAGAAGCUGAAUAUCACCCUCGAUCACCGGUGUCGGAUAUUCCAGAAUUUGAACGGUGCUCUGGAUGAAGUGGUUCUGAAAUUUGAGGACGGACGGGUGAGGGCGAGGAACGUGGCCUACGACACUCUGCCGGUGAUUGUUCACGGGAACGGGCCCACAAAGCUGCAACUAAACUAUCUGGGAAACUACAUCCCGAAGGUGUGGACCUUCGAAACAGGCUGCACCGUGUGUGACGAAGAUACGAUCAGUUUGGCAGGACUGAAGGAGAGCAAGUACCCUGUAGUCCUGAUCGGAAUCUUCAUCGAGCAGGGGACUCCUUUCACAUCUGAAUUUGUUGAGCGUUUGGUGAAUUUGGACUACCCGAAAGAGUGUCUGCGAGUGUUUAUCCACAACACAGAAGCUCAUCAUGAGAAGCUUGUGCAGCAAUUCAUGGAGCAACAUGGAGACAAAUACCAAAUGGUAAAACUGGUGGGAGCAGAGGAGAAGCUCAGCAAUGCAGAGGGGCGGAACAUGGGCAUUGACCUGUGCCGGCAGGACGUGACGUGCGAUUAUUAUCUGAGUCUUGAUAUUGAGGUGGUGCUGCCAAAUCCCGAGAGCCUGAAAAUCCUGAUCCAGCAAAACAGGCCUGUCCUGGCUCCCCUGGUCAGCCGGCACAGAAAGCUGUGGUCUAACUUCUGGGGCGCCUUGAGCGCAGAUAACUAUUACGCUCGCUCCGAGGAUUAUGUGGAUAUUGUUCAAGGCAGGAGAAGCGGGGUCUGGAAUGUUCCGUACAUCUCCAGCGUGUACUUGAUCCACGGAUACCUGCUGCGCUCCCAUCUGAGCGAGAAAGAUCUGUUCCACGCAGGCCGGCUGGACGUGGACAUGGCUUUCUGCUACAAUCUCAGGAACAAGGGUAUUUUCAUGUAUGUCACAAACAGACAUGAGUUCGGUCGCAUUCUUUCCACCACCAAUUACCAGACCAGUCACCUGCACAACGAUUUGUGGCAGAUCUUUGAAAACCCACAGGACUGGGAGGAGAAAUACAUUCACACAAACUGGAGCUCAGUGGUGAAAAAGAAGAUCCUGGAGGAGCCAUGCCCAGAUGUUUACUGGUUCCCGAUUUUCUCCGAACGGGCUUGCGACGAUAUCGUCGAGGAGAUGGAGCAUUUUGGACAGUGGUCGAGUGGAGGCAAUCGGGACGCGAGGAUUCAGGGCGGAUACGAAAACGUGCCCACCAUUGACAUCCACAUGAAUCAGAUUGGGUUCGAGAAAGAAUGGCAGAAAUUCCUCCAGGAAUACGUGGCUACGUUGACCGAGAAGAUCUAUCCGGGCUACUACACCAAGGCGCUCUUUGAUCUGGCCUUUGUAGUUAGGUAUAGACCUGAUGAGCAGCCAUCCUUAAGGCCACAUCAUGACGCAUCUACCUUUACUCUAAACAUUGCACUCAACAGUGUUGGAAAUGACUACCAGGGAGGCGGCUGCAGGUUUAUCAGGUACAACUGUUCUGUUCUGGCUCCUCGCAAAGGCUGGGCCAUUCUGCAUCCCGGACGUCUAACUCAUUACCAUGAGGGUCUUCCAACUGUCAAUGGGACACGAUACAUUGUUGUCUCUUUUGUUGACCCUUAAUAAAAACAUGGAGUAGCUGCAGGAACAAUGUGCUUUAUAAUCAACAUAGCACCAAUAUCCCUGCUCUAACACUGUGCCUCGUGGCUGAUACAACUCUGCAGGCUUCUCAAAGGAAUAGUUAGUCAGAAUUCUCAUCAGCUGUUAAUUUUAUUUUUGUGUGUAAUAAGAGAAUGGACAUGCACUCUGCAGGCCGGGGACACCCACUCUCCUGUGUCAGGCUAUGAACUCUGGAUGGAAUAUCUAUGUUUACAUGGCAUCUUGCGAUGCAUUCAGUGAAAAUUAGAUUAGAGCACAAUAGAGAUCCCAAACCGAGUCAGUAUGACUUUCAGUUUACCAGGUUCUGCAGAGACAUGUGUCCCAGUGGGUGCGCAACACUAACAUAUCCAGUAUUUAUAUAUUAAACCAGCACCAGCUUUCUCACCGUAGCUUCUUACAUUACUUUCUUCUGUUUUAUUUGACUGUUUUGCAGUUGAACAAUGUUCCAAUGUCAUUUAUAGUUUUCUACGUGACAAUCAAGUAGUAGAGGAAAAUAGGACCAACCAGAAAUAUUUAAUCAGAAUAUUAGCAGUGAUAAGGAUCAGGUUCCAUUAUUCCAACUCCCAGCUCCUCCCUGCAGGCCAAACAGCAUUCUGCAGCCCAUGUCCUCCCCUUGCACCAGCUCAUUGCUUGGCUCCACUGAUUCCCUAUCUCCCAGUUGAUCAACUUUUAAGAUUUUAUAAGUCAUUUGAAAAUUGAAACUCACAGCAACUCAAUCCCAGAGUCCCUCCACCUUUCUCCCUCUCUUCCCAUCAGCUGUGUGUGAAACACAUCCAGAUAUCCUCCCAAACAAGAAAGAUGCACAUUGUUUCAUACAGACUAUCAUAUAGUCCAUUCCAAUAAAAUCAUUUUUUUCCAGUUUUCCAAUUUUUUUCCCCCCCAAAAAAGGAUAUCACAUUCUUUCGCAUGUAAAGUUUGCAUUCCAAGAUAAAGUUAACUCUCUCUUCCUCUCCUUCCUACCACAUCCCUGAUUUUUAAAAAAAUGUAAUGUGAGCCAGACCGCCCUGGAAGCCACCCAUGAGCUAUCACACAUUAACUGCAUGUUUACAACAAAUUACAACAAAUUACACUUCUAUAGCGCCCUUUGUACCCAAUGUUUAACUGUGCGCAGAGAGAGUACAAUUGGGUAGAAUUAAACAGGGUGUGGAUCUUUUGAGUGUCCAGCGCUUUGGGACGUCCUCCUGACCCCAAAUCUUAGUCAAACAUAGGCUCCUGGGCUGGAAAUUGGGCUGUAAACAAUAACAGCAACAAAUUACAUGUGUAUAGAUGUGGGUGCAGCUGUUUGUAGAGCUCUGGAGCUUUUAUGUUGUACAGUUAGUUUUGAAAUAAAAUAUUUUCUGAUCACCCA